CUGCUAGACGGUCCACAACUUGCCCGACGGGCGUUGCUAGGAGACCGAGGCGCUUUCGAUUUAAGUUGGUCGCGCUGUUCGGGAGACCGAGACCACGUCGAGCCACGUCGGCUCUACUUCGUUUGCCUUCGGCUCGUCGUCGCUCAUGGCAUCGUUGGUAGACCGCCCGCUCACUCCCAACGCCGGCUUUUCUACAGCUGGCUGCGCAUUCAUGUUGGUUGGGUUGCCUAUCUACCGGCGCUCCGAGGGUCGCAUUGUCUGAUGUAGCGACGGCAGCUCAUGCAGGCCAAGGAAGGCCUCGGAUUCCAUUUUAUCGCUUUCUACCCUAUCUUUCUCUGAGACACUCGCACCCACGGUGCAGACACCGCCCCCCGACAAGCAUUGGGGCCCCAGCCGGCCCCGAGACUCGAAGACGGAGUCAAAGACCAUCAGAGUUACUUUCCAGUCACCUAGGCAUUUUUGUCGCUUAUUUUGGGGGGCAACGCCGUCAAAGUAGUUUGACUAUUACUUUUGAGAAAGCGGGGCUAUUAGGCUCGCAUAGAUGUAGAACUACCCAGCGAGAAAAAAAGUCAUGUACAACAUUCGCCAGUAAGCAACUCACCCCAAUAGAGCUGCGACGCACAUAUCUCGCCCAACUCGUGGCCAACGUGAUGGGUAAGCAACCGUUCCGGAGGCUCUGCAAAGCAUGGCUGCGAGGGCAAGUCAUAAAAACCAUGAAACGGGUUCGGACGCUCUACGCUCACCCCAAGCGUACGCGAGCCGGCACACGUACUCCGCGGGGUGGGAUGGGAGGGGAGGGGCGGGGGGUACGACUACGUCCCGCCGCGCCCGCGCCAUGACUGACGUGCCGGCGCCGUACACCAACCAGAGAUGAGAUCAGAUGAAUGCAUAACUAGCGGAACCUUCGCCGAGUCAUGGAGAAAUCAAGAUUGGAACGACGGACAUAGCGAUGAGAAUUCUUCAUCUGCACGUGUGCGUUGCAUAGCGCGACAUACAAAAAUACUGGUAUUUUUGCCCGUAAGGUGACUGGCCCCUUACGUAGACAAAACCGCCCGCACCUGCGUCUUCUCUGAAUCAACCGGCACAGCAUAUGUUCGACAGUCAUGAAGAUUGUGCCGAAUAUCGUUUUAUAAAGGAGUUGAUAGGCCAUCGUGGGGCAGUCUUAACUUGACCCCACGAUUGGCACAAGGGCGCACCAGGACUCGUAAAGUUUCAGGGGCAAUGCCAUGGAUGCCAUGGCACGCCGUCCGGCGCAGGCCUCGACAUACGCCCGCCAAGGACACUAUCAAAUGAGUCCUGGGCGAGGGGGAGGGGAGCCGGCGGGGAGGGGCGCGAUCGUAAGUACUGGCAGCGCGUCCAGGAAGCAGAGAUACUUUUAUGACGGAUGAACUUCAUUCAGGUGGGUUACAGGGCGGGUUACAGACGUGGCUCGUUGGUGCUGUGUAGUAGUCGACCAUACUGGAACAUGAGGGCAACUGUGACAUUCGGCCCGUGUGCACCCAACGAGCGCCAAGGAAAGGCUUGAAAAGGGCAAAGUUGACAUAAAUGGGCAAAUUCCCUGGGUAUGUUUGCAAUUGUUGCUGGUGUUGCACCAUCAUAGCUCAGAGCGGGGCGCUACGUGACGGGCGCAGGGCCCGUGCUCGCCCUUCGUCCGGCUCCCGCCGCCGUAUUCUCGGAGGAUCCACUGCUCCCACUGACUGCUCCAUUGGCGCCCCGCCCCUCCCCGCCCCACCCCGCCAUCGCCCUCCACGGCCGCACGCACCCCUCCCCUCCAUAAGAAAGGCUGGCCGACGCAUCGCCGGCAUCAGUCCGUCCCCGGCGCUCCCCGUGUGCACCGCUACCGCGUACACGCAACGCUGCUGCACUCCAUCGACGCGUCGCACCCGUUCCCGACCAACUGCGUAGUGUUUGUGCUUCGCCCGCUUUGCCCCCCAGCGGACCCAGUCUCCACUGUGCCUCACUAUCGACGUCAUCGACAACGCCGGCACUCGUCACGUCACCGCCAUGUGUGUGGAGGGCUUCCGCGUGGAGCGACCGUCGGGCGCGCGCCCCGCGGUCGUGGCGAGGGGCGUGAGGCCGCGCUUCCAGCCACCAUCCGCGCCCGCGCCCGACGAGUGCGCGAGCCUCUGCGCCGCGCAGCAGAGCCGCUGCGGCGUCAUUGACGGGGGCCCCGACGGCCCCAGCGGGCCCGUGGGCGCGGCGGCCGGCGAGGCCCGCGGCGCGGCCCAGCGACAGAGGAGUCCGAAGAGGAGCCCACAGCGGUUGAACGGCGAAGCGCGUGGCCACUGCUGCGGUACCGACCCGCCGCCGGCGGACAUCCCAGCAGCAGCAGACGCUCUACCCUUCGACCCGCGUGCCAUGGCCGCGGACAUCCAAGCCCAGGUCGCGAUGGACCCCGCCGACGUCCACCAUCACCAUCGCCACCGCCAAAACGGCAUGGUGAUUCCCCACGCCCAGGAGGACGUAGACGACGUCCUCCUCGCCAAGCAGAAGCAGCCCACGGCCGCCGAUGUGCUGUCCCAAACCACGCAGCCAGCUCACAUCGUCACCUUCCUGAGCGUGGCCCUGAUCGCCGCCCUGCUCUUCCCCCGCCAUGGCGCCCAGGACGGCAACUCGCAGUCGCAGGACAACCCCCACCGUGUGGACGAACCUUCGUCUUGGACCUACCUUACCUACGUCGUUUCGUUCGCGGCACAUUUUGGGUCGCAGUUCUGGAUGACGUUUGUUUCCGGCCUUUCGCUGUUCUUCAGCUUGCCGCGCCACCACUUCGCCGAGGUGCAGAAAGUUCUGUUCCCGCUGUACUUCGGCAUCAACGCGGCGCUCAGCCUGCUCACCCUGGGCACGUUCGUGCGCAUGCAGCACGGCAGCCAGCACCAGUGGGACGCCGAGGUGAUCGUGCAGGUGGGCAGCAUGGUUCUAUGCUUCCUGCUCGAGCUGCUCGUCCGGUUGUAUCUCACCCCUCCAUUGCUGCGUCUCAUCACCGCCAAGACCGACAUGGAGAAGACGGUAGCUGGCGUAGGCCAGGAGGUGGGUCGGUAUGACCUGGGGCCCCUCACGCAGUGCCCGCACUACGUGAAGAUCCAUCGGGCCUUUCGCAAGGUACACGCCGGCAUAGCCCUAGCCAACAUAGCCGCCAUGGGCUGCACCGCUCUCCACGCGCACUAUCUGGCCGGCAAGAUUUGCAUCUGAGCAGCAGGCGUUAGCGACGCAAACGUAAAAGACUGAAAACUGCACACAACCAGUUACUUUGUGCUUUAUCUUGCAAGGACCUUACUUGUUCUGGUUAGUGUGACGGUGUUCCCACACUGAACACCCCCUGCCAGUGAAAGCGCCUGCAACGCAGUGGGUAGGCCAGCCCGCCAAGCAGCUGUGUGAAGACGGCGGCCCGCCCUGAGCGCGAAGUGCAAGGGCUCUCGUAGGGCGAGGGGGCGAGGGGCGCGAGAGAGCGUUUGGCGCCCAACGCUUCCUUGCGUUGAGUUAAGUUAGGAACAUUGUGGGUGCACCUUGAGUGCUUCAGUAUUCUAUUUAUUUUUAGUGGCCUAGUUGAAUCAGAAGGGGGUGAAGUGGGGAGAACAAUGACUCCCCCUAUCGAGGUAUUAUGUUCUGUUGGUUGAUGAAGCUUCUCUAGUCAUGUUUUGAUAUAUUUCCUCCAAAACCUGUGACACAUUUGUCUUUUUGUAUUGAGUGUGGUAUCUGAACCUUGAAUGUGAACAAGUGUGAGGAAUUGGUCGUAUGUUAUGCUACAAGUUUGACAGGCGAAUAUUAAUGUAUGAAAUAAAUUUAAAAUCAAGGUAGAUAAACAAA